AUGGCCGCUCACUUCCCGGCUUCUCAGCUGGCUUCGGUGGCUCCAACUCUCAGCUUGAGAGUCCAUAUAGUCAGCCUCGUGAAGAAGAUGAUGAAGGAGGCAAGGGACGGGAAGCUUUCCGCCAUCACUGUCGCCUGUGAGUUGAUGACGAUGAGGAAUGCCAUCCAGCUGAAUUGGAAGAGCUCCAUGCAGGCCAUGUCUAACCUGUUCCAGGCCGCCUUUUGGCUCAUGGUUGUUACGAAGUCUACUUCGUCCGCAGGCAACCUGGGGAAGCUCGAGGCGACAGUGGUCGCUGACUACUUGCUGCUUCAGGAAGAGGGGGCCUGCCUCGACGAGCUCCUUGAGGUCCAGUCGGGCCUGGAAAAGGUUCGUGUGCAGAAGAAGGCCGUGCAAGUGAGGCUCGAGCACCAGGAGAAGGAGAGCAGCCGCCUCAUAAAGGAGCUGGAGGAGGCUCGGAGCAAUCUGGCCGAGACGGCGCGCGCUUACGAGGAGCUGAAGGAGCUGGAGCCCACAUGGCAGGAGAGCUUGGAAGAGCUCCGGGACCUGUCUGAGAACCAGAAAGCCCAAAUCGAGCAGCAAAAAAUGGAAAUCGAGGCACACCAGGCGGUGAUCGAACGGCAGCAGCAACAACUGCAACAACAACGGGAGGAGUACCGAAGCCUGUCUGAGGAGCUCGAGCAGCAGAAGGAGGCGUCCCAGACGCUCCGGAAUCAGCUUGUGGAGUGGGAAGCGAAGGCCAGCGAGCUCCAUGAGCAGAUCGCCAACUUGACCGACAGUGUGCAGGAAGAGAAGAGGAAGGUGAUCCAGCUCGAGGAGGAGCUUAGCCACGAGCGCAGUGUGAGCAGCGGUCUGCGCAGCGAGAUCGGCCAGCUGCAGCAGCAGGGCGAAGUGCUCCGAGGUGAACUCGCCGAAUUACAGCUGCAGCGCCUGCAUUUUUAG